AACUCUUCACAAGCCUUACAGAAAUCCUGAGUUUCUGGUAAAGUCUAUUACUAGAUCUAAUUUGGUUAAAAAUGACCAAAGUAGUUUAAAAAAGCCAGAAAGAUGAGGGAGACUAGCAUAGUUUACGUUUAGAAUCCUGAUUUCCACAGCCGUGCUUCUGCUUAGAGAAUAGAUGAGUAAAUAAAUGAAAACGAAGAAAUAAACCCAAGGUUCAAAGAAGUGAGUAAAGCUUAAAUGUGAUUGUUUUCAGAUCUUGAAUGGAACAUUAAAAGUAUUAUCUGAGAUAAUAUAAUUCCAAGAUCUAGGUAUGUCAGCAAAGAGAGAGCAAAGCUCAAGUAUGUAAUAGGAAAAACGAAAUAAUAUAUGCAAAUAAUGAUAGACCUAAUAACCUCUUCACUGCACACUGGUAAGUUUUAUUUCUGUGCUCUCUGGAUAAAUGUUUGUUGAAGAGUGUUGGUUUGCACAAGGGAAUGCAGAGGAAUAUCUCUACUUUGUUUGCCCUGCUGUAUGGAAAUUGAUUGAGAGGCAUUUUUGUCUUGCAGCAUGAAUUUUGACAUUUACAUCUUUGCCUAUUAGGCUGGUUAAGCCUCUCGAUCCUAUUGGACAUUAAAAAUGCAAUCGCAGGUCACUCUGCUCAUAAAGAUAUAAGGACAAAGGUUCAAAACUACCAUAUCCCUUACAGAAGUCUUAAGGUUUGUUCUAUUCAGAGGCCAAAGGAGUCCCGCAGGAAUUUCAUCUGGAAGACCUACUUUUGGUCGUGUUGAUGAUUAAGAACCCUGGAUAAUGUUGGGUUUCCCCCCCUGGAGGUUGGCACCUUUUCACAUACUGACUUUUCAACACUUAGCGUUCAUGAUUACAGGUCAGUUUAUUAGCUAUCCUCCUAAUAGUUCCAUCAUUGGAGUCAUUGGAGAAGGGGUCAUCUUGCCUUGUUAUGUGGCAGCAGAGAACAUUCCUGAGAUAUUCUCUGUUCAGUGGAUAUUUAAAGGACAAUCCGAAAAAAUGGCGGUGAUCACAUACGAUGGGAAAAAUAAAGAUGAAAAGGAAGAUGAGAGAUAUCAAGGCAGAGCAAAACUCUUCCACAGUGAACUCAAAGCUGGAAACAUGUCUCUGCACUUGAAGAACAUCAGGAGUUCUGACAAAGGAUUGUACACUUGUGUGGUCUCUUUCAAUGAUGAGUACCAUGACAUGUUGGUUGAGCUGCAAGUAGCAGCUAAAGGUGGUGUGCCUUCCAUUUUCCUGAGGAGUCCCAGGAAACAGGGCAUUGGCCUCACCUGCCACGCAGAAGGGUGGUUUCCUAAACCUGAAGUGAUUUGGUUGGAUGGCCAAGGACAGAUCAGGAAGGAACUAUCAGACACAAAAGUGAUGAUGAUGCCUUCAGGCCUAUACAGUGUCCUAAGUUCCAUGAACCUGAUGCCAGGAUCUGACAUGGAGGUCUCCUGCAGGAUAGUUAACAAUCUGCUACAGACAAUGAGUGAGUCCCGAGUCCUGAUCUCAGAUAUUUUCUUCCCCUCCAUUUCAAAAUGGCUGGUUGCCUACCUGGUAAUUUUAUGUGUUAUCGCAGUCCUAAUUGGUGCUGUAUUUUUUAAGCUGAGAAGUAGCAAAAAGAAGGCAAUUAAUUCAGUAAAAUUGAAGGCGAAGAUAGAAGAAGAACAUGAACAACUGAAGUCAACACUGGAACAAGAGAAAGCCACAAACCGAAGAGAAAGAAAGAAACUCAGAGACCUCUUUGGUAAACUGAAAGCUGAGCUGGAUUUCUGGGAUGCCUGGAGCUAUGCAGUUGCCAUCACUGUGAAUCCUGAAUGCCAACUAAUUGAGAUCCAAGUGCCAGGGGCUCCAGAUGUUGAGGACAAUGCAUGUGAACCUGCUGAUCUGAGCAGCACCUCUACAGUCCCUGUCCUGGUGGCCAAGGAAGGGUUUACAGCAGGGAAAUACUACUGGGAAGUGGAGGUUGGCCAACAGCAGGACUGGAUGCUGGGGGUCAUGAGGCAGAAAGGGAAACAAGAGGAGCAAGGGAUACUCGCUAUGGAGGACUACUGGGCUCUUCAUAGAUCCAAUGGAGACAUUUUCUCUAUCAAGGGAAACAUCAGGUUUGAGAAGAAGGAAAUGAAUGACUCAGUGAUUGGUGUGUUUCUGGACUUGGAGGAAGCACGAAUUAACUUUUAUGAUGCUCAUCAGAUGACAACCAUGGCAAAAAUCCCUAUAAGUCUUGGAGAGGAACCGACUGAAAUGUUUGUCCCUUUUAUAUCCAAAGGAGGAGAGGCAGACAGACCUGUUAUCCACCCAGUAUUAACCCCCGUCCCUUUGGAACCGCUGUAAAAUGACAUUUUGAAUAAAGCAUCUUAUAGA